GCAACAGGACCUAUAUCAAUUGCACAAUAUAUGAAAGAGGUGCUGACAAGUUCUCUUAGUGGUUACUAUAUGGUGGGUGAUGUAUUUGGUAGGCAAGGAGAUUUUGUUACAUCUCCUGAAAUCAGUCAGAUAUUCGGUGAGUUGAUGGGAAUAUGGUUUAUGACACAAUGGCAAAGUCAAGGAAAACCAGACAAAAUCCAAGUUAUAGAAUUAGGUCCAGGAAGAGGAACAUUACUUUAUGAUAUGCUUAAUGCAAUGACAAACUUUAAUGAUUGUUUUCGAUCAAUAUGUGAAGUACACUUAAUUGAGGUAAGCCCAAAGUUACGAGAAAUUCAAUAUCAAAAAUUAUGCAGCUCAUCAAGAAGCACAUUUGAUGGAUUGAAAUUUUUUUGGCAUGAUACAUUUAAUGAAAUUCCUGAUAAAUGGUCGAUGAUUAUUGCUCAUGAAUUUUUUGAUGCAUUGCCAAUUCAUCUUUUUGAACGCGCAUCAAAUGGUUGGCGUGAAGUUAUGGUUGACAUUGAUGACACAAAUAAUAGUCUUUAUAAUUUCCGUUUAAUUGUGGCACCAGGUCCUACAAAGGCGUCUAUUGCUUUCACUGGAUCAAUAGCAUAUGAGAAGUUUAAGAUUGGAGAUAGAAUUGAAAUAUCCCCAGAUUCAAUGAAAAUUUCCAAACAAAUCGCAAAGCAUAUCAAAGGAAAUGGAGGUACAUCACUUAUUAUUGAUUAUGGACAAGAUUUCAUUCAAGGAAAUACUUUGAGGGCAAUAAAACGACAUGAAUUCGUUCAUCCAUUAAGCGAUCCAGGACAAGCAGAUUUAAGUGCUGAUGUGAACUUUCGUUAUUUAAAAGAAUCAGUAGCAGAUUUAGUCGACGUGUAUGGUCCUGUAACCCAAUCAAAAUUUCUUCAAUCACUUGGUAUAAAAGCUAGAUUAUUAAUGUUGUUAAAGAACGCAUUGCCUGCAAAACGUAAAGAUUUAAUAUCUUCAACCGAAAGACUUGUUCACCCUUCAGCAAUGGGUGAAAUUUAUAAAGUAUUGGCUUUUGUGCCAAAGGGAUCUUUAGAAGUACCUGUUGCUUUUGAAAAAUCGAAUGAUUAA